AUGUCUGAAAUCUACCUUGUUACCGGUGCCAACAGUGGCUUGGGACUUGACUCCGUCCGUCGCUUAGCCAUGAUGCCCUCUACCAAGAAAAUCUACAUGGUGUGCCGCUCUGAAAACAAAGCCUCCUCUGCCAUUGACUCGAUUAAGGGCGUGGAAGGAGUGGAUGUGACCAAGCUUCAGUAUGUCCACUUUGAUGCAUCUGCUUCCAAGGAAGAGAUCUUUCAGAUUGCGAAGAACCUUGAGGACAAUGAACUCAUUACUGGCGUCCUUCUCAAUGCUGGUGGCGUUGGUCAUGACAAGACCGGGAAACCAAUUGGGCCCAACCAUGUCCUUGAUAUCCACCAAAUCAAUUUGAUUGGACACGUUCAGCUUGUGGAGGCUCUCAAGCCCAAGCUAGCCCAGGGAUGUAAGAUUGUCUUCUCAGGAUCAGAAGCGGCUCGUGGGAUCCUCAUCAUGAUGAUUGGUACUCCCAAGCUUGGGGGCACAAGUGAUUGGUACAGGAACCAACUUGAAGGGAACUUUCCUGGUUAUGAUCCCAUGGAUGUAUAUGCCAAGACUAAGGGAUUUGCUGCCUUGUAUUUUGCUGAGUGGGCUCGUCAGAACCCAAAGUACAGUGUCCUGGUAGUGUCCCCAGGUGGCACCUCUGGUACAUCUGCAUUAAUUACUGAUGGAGUGCCAGCCCAUUUCAGAUUGAUGAUGCCUGUGAUUAUGCCCUUGAUGAAUGCAAUUGGGGUCAUGCAUAACUUGGAAGAUGGAACUGAUUGGUACAUUCAGGCACUUACUGGUAAAUAUGAUGAAGCGUUCCAAAGUGGAUCUUUUGUUGCCUCGAAGCGGGGAACCACAGGCGAGGUGUGUGAUCAAACCGAACUCCGUAGUGGUAAGAUGUAUGCUGACACUGUGAAGCAAAAGGCCGCCUUUGCAGCAUUGUCAGUCUACACCACAAAGCCCCAUUUUUAG